AUGGGUGCUGGGGCUAUUCUCGAGCCCUUGGCGGUGAUUGUGCUCCUCUUUGGAGGUACCUGGAUCAAUAGGGUCACCAAAACCGCGUUUUCACACACAUAUAUUCGGCGACAGUCUUCCGAAUACGUACAAGCCGACUCGCGAGACUCUCUGGAGUCAGGAUGUUCAAGCCCAACAUCCAAGGACGGCCGUUUGAGCGCUCGAUCCUGCUCCCCGAUACCGCAGAUUUCCGAUGAUCGAUGGCAUAAACGACAGCUCAAAAUCCUAGGCCUGUCCUGGACGAUAUCUUCUCCCAAUACGGAGGUGUUCAAAGACCGACUGCUGAGCCGUCUGCUUCGAAAAUUGCCUUUUCUGGUGGAAUGCUGGUACUGGGCUCUGGUAUAUUGGACAUAUCAGCUCGGUCGUGCAUUCACCGCCGUCACUCUUCAAGAAGACACCGUCAACGUCGCCAGAAGCCAUGCCCUGAAAUUGAUUGAGUUGGAGGAACGCCUAAGAAUCUUCUGGGAGUUGCCCAUUCAGCACUUCUUUCUUCGUCACCCUUUGGUCAUGACUUGGAUCAAUUGGAUAUACUCCUUCAUCCAUAUCCCGGGUACUAUCGCAUUCCUUGUCUGGCUAUAUUACUAUACUAUCACUCGCAAUCGAAUUAGUGAGCCGCAACAAGGAAAGCCCCGAGGGACAGUGGGUGGAUCGCCAGCAGGCCCAUUACUGUAUCAGGCGAGACGACGCACAUUGGCUGUGUGCAAUCUGCUCGCAUUCGUGGUGUUUACCCUCUGGCCCUGUAUGCCGCCUCGUUUGCUUAGCGAUCCAAAUGUCGAGGGCCCCGAAGGAGAGCUUGCUCGUAGUUAUGGCUUCAUCGACACUGUACAUGGGGCCAAUGGUGCUGGAAGUGUGUGGACAGAGAACCGAUUCUGCAAUCAAUAUGCGGCAAUGCCGUCCUUGCAUUUUGGUUACUCUCUAAUGAUUGGACUUACCAUUAUGACCAUCCCACUUCCUUCGCACCAUCGAAGAGCCCUCCGUUCUCGCCUCGGAUGGGGCAUCGGGCUGCGCAUCCCAUCGUGGCAGAGGAUGGUCUGUCUAGUUCUCGGUUUCCUCUAUCCGUUCAUUAUCUUGGUGGCUAUCGUGGCCACAGCCAACCACUUUAUUGUGGAUGCAGUUGCCGGAGCUCUGGUGUGUGCCUUAGGAUGGUGGUCAAAUGGAGUGCUGUUGAAUCUGUUACCGGUGGAGGACUACUUUCUCUGGCUGGUUCGAAUCCAUAAGCCAGAGCCAACAUCCAUCAACAUCAUCGACAGGUUAUCCGAUGAGUGGGAAUCGGAGGAUUCCGAGAUACGACCGGCUGUACUGCCACCAUGA